GGCAGCUCCGGCCUCCCUCCUGCUCCCGGCCUUGGGACGGACAGCGAGGUGCUGACCGGGGACUUUUCCAGGCAUGGGCCCGGCGCCGGGAGCGAGGGUCCUGGCACGUGGGGGGGGGGGGAAGCCCAGCCCAGCCACGACACAGCAUCUGGGGAGCUCCUCCCACACCCCAUUUCAAUCCCCCCACCUCCCGGUCUCCAGGUGGCUGCCCUGCUGCGUGGCCAGCCGGCCGGGGAGGCGGGGGCGUGGGGGGUGGUGGACUGUCGCUAUCCCUACGAAUACGCUGGAGGACACAUAAAGGGAGCACUGAAUCUGUACCGAGAAGAGCAGCUGGCGCCGUGGUUCCUGCCAGGUCCCUUGGGCACGACCCAGUGCCCCCGCAGCAGCAUCGUGAUCUUCCACUGCGAGUUCUCCUCGGAGAGAGGCCCCCGCUUGUGCCGCAGCCUGAGGAGAAUGGACCGAGAUGCCAACCAGUACCCGGAGCUCUGGUAUCCAGAGCUGUACGUGCUGCGCGGCGGCUACAAGGAGUUCUAUCAGCACUUCCAGGGUCUCUGCGAGCCCCAGGGCUACGUCCACAUGCGGCACAAGGGUUUCCGGGCCGAGCUUAGGAACUACCAGCGGAGGAGACAGCCUUGGAGCCUGCGGAGGAUCCGCAAAGAGCUUUUCAAGUCCCCAGCUCCGAAACAAAACCCUGUCCCCAGGGACUCCCCUCCCCUGGCAAUGGAAAGUCUGUCCCUGUCUCCCAGCAAGGGGCCCACUAACUUCACCCCCUGCCUCUGAA